CGCGGCCGCCGCCUCCGCCCCGCGUUCGGGGCCUGCCUGACCCAGUGCCGCUGUCGUCUGCCCGCUCGCCUCCCCCACCGCCCUUCUCUCUGCCGUUAGAGCCCCGUAGGCUGCAGCGCCGCGGCCCGGCCCGGAGCACGGGCAAGUUCGCCGAGAGUUGAAGCAAAGAAGUUUGGGCAGCCCCGGCCCAGCUCCUCUUUGCGCCCCCGGCGUCCCGCCCGUGCCCAGCCCCGCCGGGGGCGUCCCUCGGCGCCCGUGCGCCCUCCCCAGCCAUGUCGUCCAUCCUGCCCUUCACCCCCCCAAUCGUGAAGCGCCUGCUGGGCUGGAAGAAGGGCGAGCAGAACGGGCAGGAGGAGAAGUGGUGUGAGAAGGCGGUCAAGAGUUUGGUCAAGAAGCUCAAGAAGACGGGGCAACUGGACGAGCUGGAGAAGGCCAUCACCACGCAGAACGUCAACACCAAGUGCAUCACUAUCCCCAGGUCCCUGGAUGGCCGACUGCAGGUAUCCCAUCGGAAAGGGCUCCCCCAUGUCAUCUACUGCCGCCUGUGGCGAUGGCCCGACCUGCACAGCCACCAUGAGCUGCGGGCCAUGGAGCUGUGUGAGUUCGCUUUCAACAUGAAGAAGGAUGAGGUCUGCGUGAAUCCCUACCACUACCAGAGAGUAGAGACCCCAGUUCUACCUCCUGUGUUGGUGCCACGCCACACAGAGAUCCCGGCCGAGUUCCCCCCGCUGGACGACUACAGCCAUUCCAUCCCUGAAAACACUAACUUUCCUGCGGGCAUCGAGCCGCAGAGCAAUAUUCCAGAAACCCCACCCCCUGGCUACCUGAGUGAAGAUGGAGAGACCAGUGACCACCAGAUGAACCACAGCAUGGACGCAGGUUCUCCAAACCUAUCCCCGAAUCCGAUGUCCCCAGCACACAGUAACCUGGACCUGCAGCCUGUCACCUACUGCGAGCCAGCCUUCUGGUGCUCCAUCUCCUACUAUGAGCUGAACCAGCGCGUCGGGGAGACAUUCCACGCCUCGCAGCCGUCCAUGACAGUGGAUGGCUUCACCGACCCCUCCAACUCGGAGCGCUUCUGCCUAGGGCUGCUUUCCAAUGUCAACAGGAACGCGGCUGUGGAGCUCACGCGGAGGCACAUUGGGCGAGGCGUGCGGCUGUACUACAUCGGAGGGGAGGUCUUCGCAGAGUGCCUCAGCGACAGCGCUAUCUUUGUGCAGUCUCCCAACUGUAACCAGCGCUACGGCUGGCACCCGGCCACCGUCUGCAAGAUUCCACCAGGGUGCAACCUGAAGAUCUUCAACAACCAGGAGUUUGCUGCCCUCCUGGCUCAGUCCGUCAACCAGGGCUUUGAGGCCGUCUACCAGCUGACGCGCAUGUGCACCAUCCGCAUGAGCUUUGUGAAAGGCUGGGGAGCAGAGUACAGGAGACAGACAGUGACCAGCACCCCCUGCUGGAUCGAGCUGCACCUGAAUGGGCCUUUGCAGUGGCUUGACAAGGUCCUCACCCAGAUGGGCUCCCCGAGCAUCCGUUGUUCCAGUGUGUCUUAGAGACGUUGGG